AUGGCUAAUGUUACAGAGAAUUUUUCGGCCUCAUCAUGUGAUCCUUUCAAGGGCUGGCAACGGGAUGUGCAGCUUCUUGGUAUAAUCUUUGUGGUCAGUACGGCGUUACUUGGUGCGACGCUGCACUUGCUAGUGAUUUCAUCGCUGACGGACGCCGAAUGGACUGCGCUGCGACUACCGACAUCCCUGGAGACGGCUCAGCAGCUGGGAGAAACGCUGCAGAGUUUAUCAGAGCGCCAGACGAGUACGCUCUUGCUGGCACACAUGAGUUGUUACUUGUAUCUCCAGACGUUUGCGAUUCCUGGCACCGUAUUCUUUAAUCUACUGGGCGGCGCAUUGUUUGGCGUGACGUUGGGCUUUCCUCUUUGCCUCGUGUACAACACACUGGGAUCUGUCUUUAUGUUCCUAUUGUCGCGCCAUUUGGGUCGUCGUGUGGUUAUGCGCUUCUUCUCGCACAAGCUGGACGUACUGCAUGGUAUGCUGGAUGGACACCGGGACGAAAUGGCGCUGUAUAUGGUAUUUCUGCGUGUUUUUCCGUUCACGCCCAACUGGUUCAUCAACAUGGCGUCACCGCACUUGGCUAUUCCGCUGGGCCAGUUCACGCUAGGUCCGCUCAUUGGACUUAUCCCGUACAACUUUCUGAGCUGCAAAGCCGGCCUCAUCUUGCGGGAGUUGCGAACGCGAGGAGACAUUAUUGACACGGCCACCACGGUGCAACUUAUUUUUGUGGCGGUAGUGGGAGGCCUUGUGCUGCCCAAGCUCAAGAAGCACUUUGCCACAAGCUCAGCCUCUGCGGCUAUCCCAUCGUCGGCCAAGCAAGAGUAG